UCUCGGCCCAACAGCCUCCGCUCUUGUGUGGAGUCCAGAGCGCAAAACGCACUUCUUCUGGAGCGACUGGAGAGCGCAAAAGUAGCAGCUCUCCGACCCUGACGCGCACACCGUCUCCGACUUCGGCGGCCACCCCGAAUUCAACUUCACUGAGCGGGAAAAAAAGAGUUUCUUAAAAUCUCCCGGCGGCUCCUCCAGCCAUGGACGCAUCUCGACUCGUUACGCUUUAUCUGGGCCUGCUCCUUGUUUUCCUUGGGAAUAUACCGUGUUUCCAGUCUGCUGCAAUCAUCUCUCCCUCUGCGCCGAGGAGAAACAGAGGAGCCAGGAUCUCCCAUCAGGACGGACAAAGGUCAUCCAAAUUCCUAAAAGACAUUUUCGCGUCUUCGCAUCCUGUCGUGGGCCAUCACAAAGAAGACCUAAAGGACGCUAUUGUGCCGCAUGAAUACAUGCUCUCUAUAUACAGGACAUACUCGGCUGCAGAGAAGCUCGGACUAAACGCGAGUUUUUUCCGCUCUUCUAAAUCUGCCAACACCAUAACAAGUUUUGUGGACAGAGGAACAGACGAUCUUUUGCACUCUCCUCUGCGAAGACAAAAGUAUCUGUUUGAUGUCUCAACCCUUUCAGACAAAGAGGAGCUGGUCGGGGCGGAAUUAAGGAUAUUUAGGAGAGCGCCCGGGGAUUUGCAGACUUCCCUGCAGACGACGGGUCUGUACGACAUCCAGGUCUACCCCUGCCGCUCGGACAGACUGUUGGACUCCAGGUCUCUGGACCCGUUAGACUCCACCAAGGCAGGCUGGGAGGUUUUGGACGUGUGGGAAAUGUUUAAAGCACACCAGCACCACUAUCAUCACCCCUACAAUCAUCAACACUACCAGCACGGGAACCAGCAGCUCUGCUUCCAGCUCCGCGUCACUCUCGGCAAAUCAGACACCGAGGUGGACCUGAGGCAGCUGGGGCUGGACAGGAGCGGCCGGCCCCAGCGGGAGAAGGCCAUCCUGGUGGCCUACACCCGCUCCAAGAAGAGGGAGAACCUGUUCAACGAGAUGAAGGAGAAGAUCAAGUCGAGGAGGUCGGUAGGCGAGAGGGAGGAGGCGGCUGCGGAAGAGGGGGUCUCUCUGAAGGGGGUUAAAGGAGAAGGGCCCCGGCGGCGGCGGAGGACCGCGCUGAGCAACCGACACGGGAAGAGGCAUGGGAAGAAAUCCAAAUCCAGGUGCAGCAAGAAGGCGCUGCAUGUGAAUUUCAAAGAGCUGGGCUGGGACGACUGGAUCAUCGCGCCCCUGGAUUACGAGGCUUACCACUGCGAGGGGGUGUGUGACUUUCCCCUGAGGUCGCACCUCGAGCCGACCAACCACGCCAUCAUACAGACGCUCAUGAACUCCAUGGAUCCCAACAGCACGCCUCCCAGCUGCUGCGUCCCCACCAAACUCAGCCCCAUCAGCAUCCUGUACAUAGACUCAGGCAAUAACGUGGUGUACAAACAGUACGAGGACAUGGUGGUGGAGCAGUGUGGGUGCAGGUAGCGGUCCUUAUUCAUAACAAAGCUUCGAAAGACAGAAAAAUCAAACAUUAGUAUCGAUGGGUCCCAGGUUGAAGAUAAAAAGUCCUUAUGUCCGAAAUGCUUUGACGCAUGACGCGCCUUAUUCAAAAGGGAUGCACGCAAAGGCAAAACCUGCUAUUUAUUCAGACUCAGUCCAGACACAGUAGUUCACACUCUCUGCCUUAACGUGUUAAGCUUUCACUUCCAUCCGUGCAACAAGUUAUCACUGAUCAAACAGGCUUUUGUUUCCCAGAGAGUGAGACGUGUCCAUGUGGCAUAAAGAAUGGGUACAAGGCGAGAUGGGAGCCUAUUGAGUGCGACUGUGCACCUGUUCGUGCCGAGGCCAGAGGACAGUGGGCUUUGCCUGUCAGCGCUUUGUUGCAGCUCUGCCGUGUGAUCCUGCCAGCCAGGCCGGACUCUUUUGGGUAUGUGCACCCAGGCCGUAAUUGUCACUGUCCAGCUGGAGUCAUUACAGGCCCGAGCAAGUGCCUGUUUGUCAAAAAGGGGUGAAUGUCUAAUCUACCACAGACACACACACACACACACACAUACACACAGACUGGUCUGAAGAGAGGAGAUAAGAGGGUGGUGGUAUUGCCUUCAAGAGAUUUUUGCCUGACUGGAGACCAGUUGAGCGGCGCUGGGAGAGGCGUCGUGCGCCUUUGUGGACAGAAAAGGACACAAAAUCAGACUUGUGCCUGACUGGGGCCCUGUUGUAAAAAAAGAAAAAAAAAAGAAAAAAAAGAAAAAAAAAAGGAAAAAAGCACACAUAACUGAAGCGAACCCUUUGCUCAGAAGUCUGCAUCUUUAAGAAAUGCACUUCCACAACUGACUGCGCCAAGGACGUGCGGUCAGCCAGAGAGUAUGUCUUCUCUGAUGACAAAAAUAUAAGAAAAAAAAAGACUCGCAAACGAGACGAUAUUUAAAUGCACAUUAGCUUUGAAUGCACUGCUGUUCAUUAUUAUUUUGAGCUGUAAAUAUUUGUACAGAUGAGAACUUUACAAAGUGCAACGAAUGAAGAAAUGAGAAAACGGCAUUUCUUUGUAAAUAUACUAAAUGCACUCAAAUCGGUAUAAUUUCUAUUCUAUAAUUAUUUUAUUAUUUGUGAUGUACAGAGUUUCAUGAUAAUCAUAUAUUUCUUACAUUGAUAAGAGUAAUUUAAUGUGUAUUCGAUAUUUUUUGCAGAGGGUGGAAAAUACCAUUAUUAAUGUCUACCUCAUAAUUGCAUAUAGGAUCUGAGUUUUGAGGUGCAUUCAGUUAGAGUGUAAAGAGCUUUUACAAUGAUAUAUAAGAUCAUUUAUAUACAUAUAUUACUGGAUAAUAUUCCACACCAUUACUGUACAAAUAAAAUUCCAAACAAAGUCUGCUACUUCUGAUGAUUAAUGCAACCUUUUUUGCCUUCAUUUCUUUUAUUUGAAGUGUUUCAAAGAGUCUGACUUCCCUAAAUGAAAAUAUAUUCUUAAAUUACACUAACAAUUUAAAACACAAGGUUUAAGAUCAUACUGAAUGACAUUUUAAGGAAAGAUAAGAAAGAAAUCCUGCAU